GCGACGUCAUAUUUAGGCGACCCUUUGAUGGUCAAUAGCCAUAUUAACGCGAUAGCUACGUUACCGCGAAAAGCUCUUGUCUACGCUGUUUUAUUCGCUCGUUGUAAAAGUCGUGACAGGAUGGCUGCAGCGCAUUGGGAUGAGCGCCAGGCGUAUGAGGAGCUGCUGUACUGGGACAGCCUGAUACAAGAGGGCCACCGCCUCCACCCGCAAGAUUUUGAUAGGUAUGAGGAUCUGCGUUACUGGUAUGACUGCCUGUGCUAUGAGGAGGAGCUGAGACAAUACCAUGAUUACAUCACUGCUAUCGAGGAGAUAGAGGGUGAACGGCAUCAUGAGUCUGAUUUCCAUAUUAAGGAACCUGUGGCCCCACGGGUGCACAUGGGGCCAUAUGAGCGGCACACGAUGGCCAAACACUCUGAAGUUUAUCCUUCACCAGAGGAGCUGGAUGCAGUACAGACAAUCAUCUCCAGUGUGGAGUGUGCCCUCAAGAUUGUGUCUGACCAGAUGGAUACUCCGCAAGAUAACCAGGGAAAUACAGAGACAGGGAGUGCAAGCGGUGAUUCACAAGAGCGUGUCCUGCGUGGGGUUAUGAGGGUCGGCCUGGUGGCCAAGGGACUCCUGCUGACGGGAGACAAGGACCUGGAGCUGGUGCUGCUUUGCUCCAGAAAGCCUACCAUCACCCUGCUUAAUCAAGUGGCUGAAAAGUUAACUGAACAGUUAGAGGCAAGUUCAGCUGGGAUUUAUACAGUAAGCCAGUGUCCAGGGGAUGCAGCCCUUGUUGUGAAUAGCACUGAGUCGGCCCUGACUCUCACUAUCCACUUGACAUCACCACUUGUCAGGACGGUGCAAGAGAGUAAAACAGCAGAAGAAGAAACGCAAACAGUCAACGAUCCGCCGGACGUUCUGGACAGGCAGAAAUGCCUAACUGCCUUGGCGUCUCUCCGCCACGCCAAGUGGUUCCAGGCCAAAGUCAUAGACCUGAGUUCUGCUGUUGUCGUGAUCCGGAUCAUGAGAGACUUGUGUAACCGUGUUCCUACCUGGACGCCACUCUCAGGAUGGCCUCUUGAACUGCUGGUAGAGAAGGCUCUUGUUACAUCUGAGAGACCAAUGGGAGCAGGCGAGUCAUUGCGCAGGGUUUUGGAGUGUGUUGCAUCUGGAAUGCUAUUGGAAGAUGGCCCUGGAUUAAAAGAUCCAUGUGAGAAGGAAGCAGUCGACGCCACUGAAUGUCUGACUCCACAGCAGCGUGAGGACAUCACGCAGAGUGCUCAGUUUGCCCUAAGACUGUGUGCAUUUGGACAAAUGCACAAGGUGUUGGGGAUGGACUUAAAACCUCUAAAGCCACGGAAAUCAAUGGGUGCAGGCAGCAAAGGUGGCUCAGCCCAGAUACCACCUGCAGGCCAGUUCAACCUGCCUGCUAAGAGAUCGUACGCAGAGGUAGAGAAAGAAGACGAAGAAGAUGAGGAGGAGCCCCAGCUCAACAGCAAACAGAGGAAGUUUCUCAAGUUCCAGAAGCGCUUUCAGAGGAAAUCAUUCACAGAUGAUUUCAGCAUGAAUGCCGUAAUGCGUCUGAACCAGUACAGACCUGGCCUGGAGUACCGACUUACAUCUCAGACUGGUCCCGUUCAUGAGCCGGUCUUCACAAUGGCUGUGGACGUAAAUGGGAAGACCUACGAGUCAACGGGGCCCUCCAAACGAGCUGCCAAGCUUAAUGUAGCAACCAAGGCCCUGCAGGAUCUCGGUCUCCCAACAGGCUCAGAAUCUAAAGCAGAGACCAUUAGUGAUGUGGAAGGAACCCAGGAAUUAGUAAAAGCUGCUAGCACGGCCUCUACUACGUCAGACGACAGCGGUCAGGGUCCUAUCUUAACCAAACAUGGCAAGAACCCUGUGAUGGAGCUGAAUGAGAAGCGCCGCAGUCUGAAGUACGCGCUGUCUGCAGAGACGGGGGGCUCCCAUGAAAAGUGCUUUGUCAUGGAGGUGGAGGUUGAUGGGCAGAAGUUUAAAGGUCGAGGCUCUAAUAAGAAGGAAGCAAAGGCCUACGCUGCCCUCGCUGCUCUGGAGAAGCUGUUUCCAGAAGACGGAGAGGAAGACUCAAACGCCAACAGAAAUUCGAGUUUUACAAAGAAGAAGGUCACCUACACCGACAUGCACAUCCCAGGGUUCGGCACUAUCCGUGGCAUUCCUUCAGACUCUGGGCCUCGUGGCUGGGGUCCCAACAGAGGUCGAGGCAGGGGCCGAGGCAAACCGUAUUCUUCAGGACCCAGCUAUAACAAAACAAACUAUAGUUAUGAGGGCGUCACUGGCACAGGCUAUCAUAAACUGUAUGAUAAUAAUGCAGCCAGCACCACAGCCCAAGCCCCUGACACCACUGGAUCCGGCAGCAACAUUGGCUACGGCACCUUUUAUCCGGAGGGCAGCAGCUCCACCUACCCUCCCACACCCGUCCCCAGCGCCGACUUCAGCACCACAAAGGGAGAAAGCUACCAGUCAAUGCCGCCUCCCGCCGACCAGGAGAGCCCCUACAGCUACGGGUAUGGAGAUGAGAAGAAGAAGAUGCUGACCCAAAGUCAGACUGAGGGCCAGGGAGGAGACUACUCUAUGUACAGCACGGCUUACCCUAGCUCGGUGACGGGUGGCCAAAUGUAUAAUAAUUAUGACUGGGGGAACCAGCAAGGGUAUGACACGAACCAGGGCUACGCAGGGCAGAACCAGAGCUUCGGGGCUCAAAACCAGAACUACGGGGCUCAAAACCAGAACUACGGGGCUCAAAACCAGAACUUCGGAGCUCAAAACCAGAGCUUCGGAGCUCCAAACCAGGGCUCAUACUCUGGAUACAGCAACAUGAAUUACUAAAAUCACAUUGUGUGCAACCAUUCUCACCUCACUAUCUUUUGAAUCUGUCUCUGUCCUCUCUUGAUGAUGAUCCUGGGUUAGUACUUCUGCUUGUGUUGUCUCUGAAACUGGAUUUAGUUUUUUGUGUUUUCACCUAACUUGUUAGUUCUUGGACAUAUGGCAACGGUAGACGGAUACAGACUUAUCUUUUGAUUUAUCGGUUUACUUUUUUUCUGCCGCAUCCUUCAUCAUGCCUGUGUUGACAUGAGUGUAAAAAAAAAAAACCAUACAUGGUUUAUCAUUAUGUUUUGUUUCUAGGGUCAUGUUUUUUAAUCUAGUGUACUGGUUCUGUAUCAGUAUGUUGUGGUCUUUAUUUGAAGCCGCUUGUAGGUUUGAACUGAAGAAUUAUUUCUGUCACAUAAACUGCUCUAAUCUUUCUUGUAAAAUAAACAACUCUUAUUUUGGAGCAAAGAUUCUUA